AUGUCUCCCUUCGCCUUCUUGCUCCUCUGCAUUCAAGCUUGCUUGAUCCAGAAUGUAUACAGCGAGUGCCUCGGAGCCGGCCUCGGUCUGGGCUACGCAGGUGGUUGGGCUGGUGAAUACGGACUCGGCUAUGGACCCGGUUUAGCCACCGAAUUCGGAUACGGACCCGGACUUGGACUCGGCUACGGUGCCGGUCUUGGACUUGGCUACGGACUCGCUGGCCCUGCCGCCAUCGCUGGCCCCGCUGCCAUCGCUGGCCCAGCUUACGGAGGCAUCGGCGUCGGCGAUAUUGCCGUCGCUGGUGAGAUGGGCGUCGCCGGUACCACCGUCGUCGCUGGACAGGUACCGAUUUUGGGUGCCGUCAGAUUCGGUGGUGAUGUGCCAGCUGGUGGUGUCGUCUCCAUUGCAGGAAAUUGCGCCGGCGGCUGCGGCUGCAACGGUGCUUACAACGGCGCUUACCUGUACUGA